CAUUUUCUUCUGCUGUUAUCCUCUCAUUGUCUUCCUCCUUGAUAAUCCAAUCCAUGGAUUAUCGUAGCUUCGACUCUAAUCAAGAAACCUCUGAACCGUCGAAAUUUGAGUCUUAGAUUCUCAGUUUUCUCGUAAAGUUUUGAACUUUUAAGUCAUAUGGCUUAUGCUCGCACCUUCGCUUCGUUGACCCAUCUCCACCAAACCUUCUCGCCGCCGAUGAUAUCUCUCCGACGAAGACGACUUCACACAGCAAAACCCACUUCACGAGUCACCUGCAACCUCAAGUUCAACCACUCCUCCGCCGCCGGCGGGAAGCUCCGAUCAUCAUCCCGUUCCGUGGAGCUAGACCGAUUCAUCACAAGCGAGGAAGAAGAAGAAGAGAUCGGAGACGGGUUCUUCGAGGCGAUCGAGGAGCUGGAGAGGAUGACGAGAGAGCCCUCGGACGUCCUCGAGGAGAUGAACCACCGUCUCUCCUCGCGGGAGCUGCAGCUGAUGCUCGUCUACUUCGCGCAGGAAGGGAGAGACUCCUGGUGCGCUCUCGAGGUCUUCGAGUGGCUGAAGAAGGAAGAUAGAGUCGACGAGGAGAUGAUGGAGCUGAUGGUUUCGAUCAUGUGCGGGUGGGUUAAGAAGCUGGUGGUGGAGGAGUGUGGUCCCGGGGAGGUGUUCGAGCUGUUGGUUGAUAUGGACUGUGUCGGGUUGAAGCCUGGGUUUAGUAUGGUGGAGAAGGUUAUUGCUUUGUAUUGUGAGAUGGGGAAGAAGGAGAGUGCUGUUCUGUUUGUGAAGGAGGUUUUGAGAAGGAGAGAUGUUGUUGUUGGUUCUGAAGGGAGGAAAGGUGGGCCAAGUGGGUAUCUUGCUUGGAAGAUGAUGGUUGAUGGAGAGUAUAAGAAGGCUGUUGAUUUGGUUGUUGAGUUGAGACGCUCGGGGUUAAAGCCAGAAGCUUACAGCUAUCUGAUCGCGAUGACAGGUGUUGUGAAAGAGCUGAACAGUCUUGGGAAGACGCUGCGGGAGUUGAAGCGAUACACACGGGCUGGUCUUGUUGCUGAGAUUGGUGAUCACGAUAGGUUGCUCAUAGAGAAGUAUCAGUCGGAGCUUGUAUCAUGUGGACUUGAGUUAGCAGCUUGGGCGAUUCAGGAAGGGAAAGAUAACGAGUCUAUCGUCGGGGCGGUCCACGAGAGACUCUUGGCUAUGUACAUUUGCGCAGGGCGUGGACCUGAAGCGGAGAAGGAGCUCUGGGAGAUGAAGUUCGCGGGGAGAGAACCUGAGACCGACCUCCACGACAUUGUGAUGGCCAUCUGCGCUUCGCAGAGAGAGGGUGAUGCGGUUUCGAGGCUUAUGACGCGGGUGGAGUUCAUGGGGAGUGAGGGAAAGAAGAAGACUCUGUCGUGGUUGCUAAGAGGGUAUGUGAAAGGAGGGCACUUCGAAGAGGCUUCGGAGACGUUGGUGACGAUGAUCGACUCUGGUUUGUGUCCGGAGUAUAUCGAUCGAGUGGCUGUGAUGCAAGGGAUGACGAGGAGGAUCCAACGGCCAGGAGAUGUUGAGGUGUAUAUGGGUCUGUGUAAGAAGCUGUUUGAUGCUGGUUUGGUAGGACCUUGUCUUGUGUAUAUGUACAUGGAUAAAUAUAAGAUGUGGAUAGUGAAAAUGAUGUAAAAGAAUUGAGCAUGAGGUUUAGCUGAUACAUGAGGGUUGAAGACUCGAAGCUAAGCUUGGAGGGGUUGAGAUCUUUCUAUUUUUUGGUAUAUAAAUAUGUAGUAUGUAAGUGUGUUAAAAAAAUGUAUGUAAGCAAUAAUAUAUGUACAUCUUUGUGUAUGAAAGGGAUGUAGCUAGGGUAUGUACACAUAGGUAUUCACCAUGUACUGCAUUUAUGAAAUCGUCUUUGAAAUUC